GAUUUUCAGCGCCACAAAAAAAAGCGACAAUAUCUGAUAUCACUCCAGAUGAAAUCGCUAGGUUUGCUAAACUUGCUCAGGGUCAGGACCCAAUAGCUUUAAUAGGAGAAUUAUCGACAUCAUGUCAAUCAGCAUUACUUACUAUUGUUACCUCUCCAGAAUUUCUACAAUGCAUUCCAAUUCCUGCAUUUGUACCAAUUUUACCAUUUUUAACCGAUCCUAGUGCAAUUGCAUCACUUAUUUCCGAUCCAAAGACUGGACUUCAAAAACUUCAACCUAACUUGAUAGAAUUCUCUAAUGGAUUCUGUGCAGCACCAAAAUGUUCCGAUAAAGGUGUUGCAGAUGCUAUUAAGACAAUUCAAACCGGAUGUAAUCCAGAUGAUAUGAAAAACCCACUAAUGGAAAUGAUAUUUCCUGCUGUCGUUUUCUAUUCUCCUGGGAGGGAUACAAUAUGUUUUAAAGACGCUGGAAACCCAAGCCACUUUUGCUUAUUUGAAGAUGACAUCACCACUUCAAUCAACUUACCUCAAUCUCCGUUCAAACUUGAUGGCGGUGACUUUCUUGAUUCCAUUACAGUUGCUGAUCCAACAGCCAUCUGCACUACAUGUAACAAGGCAAUUUAUAACACUAUUGACAAUUUUAUCAAUAGUAGCGAUUUGGCUAAACAAAUUCUUGCUGGGGAUCAGGUUCCUUUGUACGAAGCUAGAGUUUGGUUUGCUAUUAAAUGUGAUGGUAAUGUACCUGAUCCAUCACCAAAAAGAUAA